GCCACUGCCAAAGCGGCUGCCGGCUGUUGCUUAGCUUUCCUGCCGCUGUAGUAGGAGAUUCGGUGUUAGUUCAGUGUUACUUUCCUCGGCGCGGUCCAAUUUCUCCCCUUCAGUGCCUGGAGCGAGAGAGCGAGGGAAUCAAACUGCAGGGAGUUCCGCAGAUUCGGAUUAUGUGAAGAUGAAUAGGAAAGUGCAGCAAGCAUGACAUCUCUGGCCAAUAUCAUCUCUUCCCCACAGUCUGAGUGGGUCUCCUUCAGUGAUGGCCUUCACUGUUCUGUUACUUCCCCAGGUCAUACUAGGGAGCCACUUGAGAGAUUUCUUUCCACCUCUGAUACUUCCUCUGAAGGCAUCCAAAAUCUAGAUGGAAAAUUGCCAAGUUUUUCACAUGCUGAAUUGGGAGAAGGAAUAAACAAAACAGGUCUUGAUUUGCCUUCAUCCUUCAGCACGUGGGUCCAGUUUGAAGAUGCACCCUGGACAAACAGUUCACCAGAUCAUCCACGUACAGCCUCCUCUCCAAGAAUAUUUUGUUGGAUGUGUCCCUCUUUGGGAUAUUCAGAGCGGCAAGCUCUUACUUCAGAGAACAGUUGGACAACUACUUCAGAGAACAGUAGCAGCCCAAGUAUCACCCCUUCCUAUACUGAUCUUCAAUCAAUAAAUACAGAGGAUUUGACUAGUGGAAGAGCAUCCGCUGAAGACUCAACUGACAAUUCUUCAUCUCUUCUUGAAGAUGAGGAGCUAGGUAUGGAGGCCACCAGCUGGCAGCUGAACAACACAUCCAUUAAUGGCCACGAUGAAAGUGCAACCACAGCCCGUUUCCCCAGCUGGGUGACUUUUGAUGACAAUGAAGUUAGUUCCACUUCUCCAAUAACUACAUCUCCUGUGAAAGAAGAAUCCUCAUCGUUAUCAGAAGGAGCAAUAACAGCAACCACACAGGUCAUAGAAGGGAACACUAGUACCCCUUUAUCCUUUAAAAAAAGGGAACGCCCCAAGAGCACCUUGGGUGAUUUUUCUAAAGUUCAAAAGCUUGAUCUUUCUUCCAUCACCUUGGUGCCAUCAGUUGGUGGAACACCACCCUGGAGUGCUACUAAUCCUUUCCUUGAUGUAUCAUUAAAAGAUGUUCAACCUUCUCCUAUCAAUCCAUUCAGUUCUUUUUUUGAGGAAAGGGACAGGCGUACCCAAAGCAACUCUCUCUCUGGAAACACUAGUAAAAACCAGAGAGAUUCUCUUCUUAUCCUUCACCAGGAACCUGAUUCCAUUAGCUUCAAUGAGCCAAGUAAACACCUCAAACAUAGAGAUGCUAUUGAGCAACUUAAGCAGCUCCAUAUUGGUGAUCCAGAUCAGCUGAACAUCCUCAGUCUACCAGAUGAUGACCCUACAAUCUCCACUGAGCUCUAUAAUACCUUGUCCACUUUGGGGCCACCUCAGCAAAAAGAUGGCUGGCCAAUGAUGCUGAGGAUACCUGAAAAAAAGAAUAUAAUGUCUUCUAGGCACUGGGGUCCAAUAUAUGUCAAACUGAAAGACAGAAGAUAUAUACAGCUCUUCUAUGAAAAGGGACUGGAAAAACCUUUUAAGGAAUUCAAGCUUGAAAUAAAUCAUGAGGUUUCAGAGCCCAAGCUUCAAAAUUAUGAUGAAAAUGGAAGGAUACAUAGUGUGAGAAUAGACCGUGUUACUUACAAAGAAAAAAAGAAAUACCAACCAAAGCCAGCUGUUUCUCACAUAGCAGAAAAAGAACAGGUUAUUAAGCUAGGCACCACCAUUUAUAAUGAUUUCCUUAGCUUUAUCAGGGCUGUUCAGGAUUCAUUGAUGGAUUUGCCUGCUUCCUCAACAGAUUUAAGUACAGUAGGACUUAAUUACCAAGAGGAAGAAAUCACUGUUGAUGUAAAGGAUGAAUUCUAUGGAAUUUUGGCCAAAGGAGACAACAGGAUCUUGCAGCAUAAUGUACUGACACGAGUGCAUGUGCUCAGCUUUCUUUCUGGACUGGCAGAGUGUAGGCUGGGCCUCAACGACAUUCUUAUUAAAGGGAAUGAAAUAGUUUUGCGGCAGGACAUCAUGCCCACCACCACCACCAAGUGGAUUCAAUUGAAUGAUUGCCAUUUCCAUUCAUGUGUGGAUGAAGAGGCAUUUGCCAGUGCCCGUGUCAUUAUGUUUAACCCUUUGGAUGCUUGCCGAUUUGAACUGAUGCGCUUCAGGAGUGUCUUUUCUGAGAAGACCAUGCCUUUUACUUUAAGGGUUACGGCUAGUGUCAAUGGUGCUGAGGUGGAGCUUCAGAGCUGGCUGAUGAUGUCACCAGGGUUCUCAUCCAACAGAGAUCCUCUAAGUCAAGUCCCCUGUGAAAACGUGAUGAUUCGUUAUCCUGUGCCACAUAAGUGGGUGAAAAACUUCAGGAGAGACAGUGUCCUUGGGGAGAAGUCCUUGAAAGCAAAGGUGAACAAAACUGCUAGCUUUGGAUCCACCAGCGUGUCUGGCUCUGAGCCAGCAAUGAGGGUAACACUAGGAACUGCCAAAUACGAGCAUGCUUUCAAUUCCAUUGUGUGGAGGAUAAAUCGCCUACCUGAUAAAAAUUCUGCUGCAGGUCAUCCUCAUUGCUUCUUUUGCCACCUGGAACUUGGCUCAGACCGGGAAGUGCCUUCUCAUUUUGUCCGCUAUGUGGAUGUAGACUUUGAUAUGCCAGCAAGUUCAGCAUCCAAGGCUGCCGUUCGGUCCAUCUCCGUGGAAGGCAAGACUGAUGUCAGGAAGUGGGUGAAUUAUGCAGCGCAUUACAAUUAUAAGGUGGGAAUAGAGAGGAAGAAAAGCUUGAAUCCAGAUAAUUUGGGAGAAGACAAUGAUAAUGCCAAGGAAUGUGCUGUGCAAUGAAAGUAGCUGUAUCUGAAAACAAUAGAAGUGACAAGAAUUGAAGACAAGGAAUGCCGUGCCUGCCUUCUGUAGUCCGAAGAGCCAAGAAGUAUUUGGAGUGACUGUUCUCUCUCUGAACAUGCUUAAAAAUUAUUUUGGGAUAUGUUUGCUGAGUAGUUUGGGUAGAAUUACACUAAGUAUAUAGGCUUGCAGUGCACUCAAGCCUGUUUUCAUCUGUUCCAGUAUACCUUUUAGAGCAAAAUAACUGUAUUUUGUCAGCUACAGUUGUCAAAAUUCUAGUCUUGUUAAGUAUUUUCCAACCGUUACUUGACAGUUCCUGUUGAUUGGUAAUUCAAUCUUCAGUGGAGUUUUUCCAGGUGAUCUGCAACAGCCCUGGGGAUGGGAGGUAUAGAAGAGACCCCAGUCUUUCUAUAUUUCUAUCAUGCCUAUGGCUCUCAGUGAGAAAUUCUAAACAACCUUUCCUAUCAGCUACUAGUAGGUAGAGAGAGCCAUUGGGAACUCCAAAUGAAAGACACAUGAUCUCAGUUCUCGUGUAUGCCAUCUUCAAGAAAGAAUAUUUAAAUAUUGUAGACUUCCCUUGGCGAAUCAGAAAUAUUUUAUGCAAUUUACUGAAAUGCCAGUUAUUCUUUAGACAUGAUUUAGUUAUAGUUACCAGCUGAAAGGGACUAGGAGACUUUUGGAACACUCUUACUUGGGAAAAUACUGAGGGGGAAAUAGAUUUAAUCUUAGUUAAAUUUUUAGCUAUGUGUUCCCCAAAUCACUACCAUACUGCAUAACAUUAAUAUUAUUAAAGUUUUGAUGGGGUUGGUAAAAAGUUGGUUAACUUUUGUAAAUUGUUAAUGCUACUUUCAAAUUCUGUCUUAUACUACAUUUUAUUUCAGAGAUACUUCAAAAAAAAUUUUUUUUUCUAUGUUACUAAGCAAUUAAUGGUAUUACUUUAUACUUUAUAAGUAGACAUAGUGGCAGUUCAGAGAAGGUUUUUAUGAAUUCUUAUGUCCGCAGUCUUUUUCAUAG